AGCAAUCGUAAGCGUCUCCAGCAUGCCUCGCCUCUACAUGUGCGGUGAACAGUACGACAGUGUCCAAUGAAAGGACGAAAGUGUUUCAGUGCAGACAUACACACUGCUUUUUAUUUAUUUAAAAUUAUUUUAACAAAGAGCUGAUUCGUUUCCUUCACCCGUAAGCAUAAUUACAGAUAAAUAAUUCUGCACGAUGCCUUUUUUUCGUUAUUGUCGACAGAUAAGCUACAGACAUGCUUUAUUUUCUUUUUUGUUCAUUGGAUAUAUAUUCGAAGAAAUCUCAUCGGAAAAGAAAUAUAUUGUUUUGGAGGAAGUGGAGGAUGGCGUCGUCGUCGGUAAUGUGGCAAAAGAUUUUGGCUUUGAUCUCAGAAAUCUUCAGGCUAGGAUUGUUCGCGUUGUUUCAGGCCUGCAGCAGCAGCUUUUACAGGUAAAUAAAAUUACUGGUGAUUUGUAUGUGACUGGAAGAAUAGAUCGCGAACAACUUUGUGAUAGAAAAACUGAGUGUAUUGUUAAUCUUAAACUUAUAAUGGAAACACCGUUAGAAAUUCAUUAUAUUCAAGUGGAAGUUAAAGAUAUAAACGAUCAUUCUCCAACCUUCUCAGAAAAGGAAAAACAUUUUUUAAUUCCAGAAUCGGCACAACCGGGUAUGAAAUUCUUACUAGAGCCUGCUCAUGAUCGGGAUGUUGGAAUAAAUUCAAUUCAGCUUUACCAGCUAAGCGAAAAUGAACAUUUUGUGCUUGUAGUACAAGAUAUGACAGAAGAUAAUACAAUUCCCGUUUUGAUUUUACAAAAGCCUCUUGACAGAGAGCAAGCACAAGAGCAUGCAUUGCUCCUUACUGCCUUUGACGGCGGGGAACCCAAACGAUCUGGUUAUUUCAAUAUAGUCAUUUCUGUACAGGAUAUUAAUGACAACGCCCCCUAUUUUGAGAAUGACGUUUACAAAUUAUCAUUAAAAGAAAAUAGUCCAAUCGGAACAUUCGUCGUGAAAGUUAAUGCUUCUGAUUUGGAUGAAGGUGUCAACAGUGAAAUAACCUUUUUCUGGGAUAACAGCGUAAAAUCUCAUGUUAAAGAUACGUUUAGCCUAGAUAAUCAAAGUGGAGAAAUAAAAGUGAAAGGAAUGCUAGAUUUCGAAGAAAUUCAAAAAUAUCAGAUAAAUGUAAUAGCUUCCGACCGAGGCUCGGUCCCAUUAUCAACGCAAUGCACUGUUAUAAUAGAGAUUGAAGAUGUAAACGAUAAUAUUCCUGAAAUCGAUGUGACGUCAUCUAUAGAAAUUCUUCCUGAAGAUGUAGCUCCUGGUACAACUGUUGCUCUUAUUACUGUAACAGACCGUGAUUCCGGUGUCAAUGGUGAAAUACAGUGCAUGCUGGAUAACGAUCUUCCAUUUGGACUGAAAUCAGCUGUAAGGGAUGGUAUGUAUUCUUUGGUAACUAAAUUCAAUUUGGAUCGUGAAACAACAUCUCAAUACACAAUCUCCAUUAAAGCAAAGGACAAGGGAACGCCAUCCAUGUCUUCUACCAAGAACAUUACAGUAACGAUCUCAGACAUCAACGACAACAGCCCGAAGUUUUCUCAAGGCCAAUAUUCAUUUUACAUUCUUGAAAAUAAUGUUCCUGGAGCUUCAGUAUUUGCAGUUAACGCCGUGGACAUUGACGAAAAUGAAAAUUCCCAAUUAACAUAUUACUUCAAGAGUACAUCUUUUGACAAGCCACUUUAUUCCUUGUUUAGUAUUAAUUCGCAAAAUGGAGUCAUUUAUGCCUCAAGAAGUUUUGACUUUGAGGAAAUUAAAAACUUUACAUUUCUGGUGUUUGUAAAAGAUCAUGGAAUACCAACGCUGAAAAGCAAUGUUACUAUUAAUGUGUUUGUUUUAGAUCAGAAUGACAAUUCACCUGUUAUAUUAUCUCCACGUAUUAAAGAUGGCUUCGAGGAAAUAGAAGAGGAAAUUCCUCGAAAUGCUAAACCAGGACACUUUGUUACAAAAAUCCGAGCAUAUGAUGCGGAUGUCGGAUACAAUGCCUUGCUCUUGUUCUUAAUAGAGGAAACAAGCGAUUCCUCACUUUUUACAAUUCAGCCCAACACUGGAGAAGUCAGGACUCGCCGACAUCUGACUGAUGCAGACUCUGCUGUGCAAAAACUCAUCAUCCUUGUUAAAGACCACGGACGUGUUUCAUUUUCAACGUCAGUUGCGUUGACUGUUACAAUAGUGGAAGGAAUGGAAUCAUUGGAAGUUUCUGAUAUUCAAACAACAAAAUAUGACGAGGAAAACAGUUUCACGUUUUAUCUGAUAAUAAGUUUGGGGUUUGCUUCGUUUUUGCUGGUCUUCAGCAUAUUGACUUUUUUUCUUCAGUGCUGUAGGAAAAGUAAUGAUUUCACCAGAAAGUAUUUAAAUGACGUGAACUAUUCAGAAGUUAAUGUCAACAAUGGCUCACUUUGUCAUAGUUUCCAGUACCGAGCUGCGGAAAAGGCUUUCAUGUUUGUUGGACAGGAUUUGGAAACUGGUUCUGCAGUGGGUGUAGAUUGUGAUGGAAAUACUCUGAUCGUCCCCGACUUCCAAAUACCUUCUAAUCAGCAUGCUAAUUACGCUAACAACCAGUCAACGCAAAAACGGACGGCUACUGCUCGGAGGUUGGCAGCUAGUUUGCAGGCUCAGCAAACACCAUUAUCCGACAAACCCAUCGAAGAAUCAAGCACGAAGGCAAGUUAUGUGCUGCCAUUCAGAUUAGCAAAGACCAGCAAGCCUUUCUCCGAAGGGGAGUUUCUCAAAGACUGCAUGGUAGUGAUAGCAGAUAUUUUGUGUCCUGAGAGCAAGAACAAAUUUGAAAAAAAUAGUUUAUCACGCAGGACAGUGACUCGCCGUGUUCAGCUAAUUGACGAAGACUUAGCUAGCAAGUUAAACAAAAAAGCGGAGUCAUUUACAUUAUAUUCCUUGGCACUGGACGAAAGUAAUGACAUAAAGGGCACCGCUUAG